ACGACUGCGAUUUCGAAACUAAAUACAAGUUGAAUAUGAAAACACACCAGGUGAAGCAUAAAGAUCCUUCACAGGUUCAAAUAUACAGGUGUACAGACUGCGAUUUCAAAACUGCAUGCAAGAGGUAUAUCAAACAUCACCAACUGAAACAUAAAGAUCCUUCGCAAGUUCAAAUGUACAGGUGUAACGACUGCGAUUUCGAAACUAAAUUAAGGGGCAGUAUCAAAAGGCACCAACUGAAACAUAAACAUCCUUCACUGCUUCAAAUGUACAGGUGUAACGACUGUCGUUACGAAACUAAAGACAAGAAUACUAUGAAAAGGCACGAACUGAUACAUAAAGAUCCUUCACAGGUUCAAAUGUACAAGUGUGACGACUGCAAUUACGAAACUAAAUACAAGUGUUCUAUCAAAAAGCAUCAACUGCAACAUAAGGAGCCCUCUCAGGUUCAAAUCUACAGGUGUAACAACUGCGAUUACGAAUCUAAAUACAAGCGUUGUGUCCAAAAUCACCAACUGAAGCAUAAAGAUCCUUCGCAGGUUUGAAUGUACAUGUGUAACAACUGUAAUUACGACACUAAAUACAAGAGUGCUAUCAAACCGCAUCAAGUGCAACAUAAAUGCAAGAUUUGUAAAGACUAUUAAAAAUUUUCUUAGCGACGUUCAAAUAUGCUAUGCUUGUGCUGUACUUUGUAACAAAGUUAAAGUAUCGAAUCACUGGGACAUUUUUAGUUAAAUACUGUUGUAUUUAUCAGUCUAUUAUAAAGUAUUGAUAUGAAAUAUUCUAGCAUCUUACACACUAAUACAGUAAAAUUGCAUAAUUAAAAGGAGUAGAACUUUGUUGCAACUUACUGUAAAAUUUCUUAUUUAAUGGGUAAAUUAAUUCUAAGAAAA